AUGCGAGUGCCAAAGAACCUGGGGAUGGCCUCCCUUCCCCCCGCGGACGAAACCGACCUGGACAGGAAGAGCAUGCUGCGGGUGGAGGAGAGCACCAAGGGGAAAGCUCGCAGGAUGUGGAAGUUCCUCAGCACUGGAAUGAAGCAGAAUGUGGACAAGGUAAAGAAAAUGUCUCUAUACAUCCCAAAUGGAACCCCAUUCCCAAUAUACCCUAUAUAGUGUACUAUAUAGGGAAUAGGGUGCCAUUUGGGAUGCAUCCACUCUCUCUUUGGUUGGAGGCGUUAUAUUUGGUAGGCGACAUCAGCAAAGACGUUUCUAUUUACCCUAACUCUCUCCCUCUCUCCUAGAUAAGAAACUUUGAUGUCAAGAGCGCUGUUCUCACCCAUGGCCUGCAGCACUUACGUAAUUUCCCUUGCAACGACCCUGUGCGCCACAUGACCUACGGCAAGGGGGCGGCAGGGUUCAUCAGCCUCCACAGGGAAGGCAGGGUCGUUAUGUACCACCCAGACGGGCGUCUCCGUGACCCCCCACCCUCCUCUGUCUCUGUCCCCUACAUGGGCCUAACCUCCACUCAGCUCCCUGGGCGUCUGGUGGGCUGGGGGCCCGGGGCAAGCCUCAUGCUGCUGGACAGUGAGCUGCGGCCCCUUGCCGCCGCUCUGGACCCUCUGGAUGUGCAGGUUUGCCAGGUCACAGAGCAGUCCCUGGAGCUGGUGACAGCGGGGGCGGGGAACGUGUGUGUGUGGUGUCUGACUCACAUGGUGUGCCGGGUGAGAGUGACGGAGGGUCUUGGGCGCCACAGCAUUUUUACCCAGCUGGCGUUGGCCCCACCGGGCCACGAGAGGCCUCACAGGGCUUUCGUUGUUUACGGGAGAGCUGUGGUUGUCGUUGACCUCACUGCUGGACGUGUUCUGGAGCACAAAAGGAACCUCCACCUACGGUAAAUGUGUGGGUGUGUGUCUGUGUGUUCAUGAUUGUUGGAAAGUGGGCAGUUUUAGGCAAAAUGUCACCUCAACUGAUCUGCUGACAGAGUGAACAUGUCUCUUAUCUUCAGGGAUAUCACUGCACUGGUGUACAGCUUUCAUCUGGACUUUGUGGUCACUGCGUCCAAAGAUGUUUCCAUCAGAGUGUGGGGUCCUGACUGGGGGCUUUGUAUGGCGUUUGUAGGACACACUGGUGAGAUAACCACUUGGUUGGGGGAAAAACCUUCCCUAUGAUUCCAGCUAGUCAAGUCAAGUGCAUUUAACAAAGGUCACAACACACUUUGCGUGUGUGUGUAUGUGUGUGUGUGUGCGUGCGUGCAGGUUUGGUGACCUCUCUGGCUUGCUGUCCGGAGUCUGGCUUGCUGCUCUCUGCCUCCCUGGAUGGGACGCUGCGUUGCUGGAGCAUGGAGGGGGGGGACCAGGUCCAGUGUGUCCCCAUCGAGGGAGGGGAGCCCCCUCUGGCCCUGGGGGGUCCGAUGAAAGGGGGCAGCUUCUUUACUUUCUCCCAGCAAGGAGUGGACUUCUGGACCAUCAGCAACCUGUAUAACCUGCACUGCAAGCUGGGAGGGGACCUGGGUGGCCCCGUGAGACAGAUAGUAGUUCUCUCUUGUCCUCCGCCCUACCCCACCCGGGUGCUUUGCGUCAGCGGCCACAGUAACGUCACGCUAGUGGCCGCCGAGACAGGGGCGGUCCUAACCUCCUUUGACGCGGGGCAGAGGGUAAGGUGCGCCGAUUACUGCUUGCCCAAAGAGAUUCUAUUGGUCCUGACGGAGGGCGGAACAUUGAUCCGGGCCAGCACGAUGACCAAUCCAGCGACGUGUGUGGAUGAGUGGAAGGGACGAGGACAGGGUCCAUGGCAGAGGGAGGAGCAGACGGAUGGGGAGGGGGAUCAGUGUAUCGCAAGGCCAGGCCCAGCCUCCUGCAUGGUGCUCUACAGCAACAUAGCCGACAGACAGAGAGCGCUAGAGGAGUGGAAGAACCUGCAGGAGCAGAGAGGCCAGAGACCCACAAACAAGAAACCUCUUCAUGAUGCCAAGAACCGGUAAGAUCCCUCCUGUGUUCCUAAUUUAGACUUGUCUUGAUAUUAUUGACAGUCCCUUUAUAUUUGAUCAUGAAUCCCUCUAUAAUUACCCAACCAAGCACUCAAUGUUUGAAUCUGUUAAAUCUGUUAUAGUCUGUUACUACAUUAAGACAGGAUGUUGGGUGAAGUUUCCCCUAGACGCUGUUCAAUUUUGCAUUUUUCGAGGUUAGGAUUGGGAGAGGGGUAAUCUCGCAAGAUUUGAGUUCUGGGUUAACCGAGAUUAGGGGAGGGGAAACUGAUCCUAGAUCUGAACCUAGGGGAAACUUCACCCCGGAGCUCAAAACAGUGUGCCAACCAUCCAAAGUAGUGAUAUGGUAUGACUCCCUAUGACUACCCCUGGGACAGGUUCCUGGUAAUGCUGGGGCACAAUGGUGGCUGUGUGAGUGUGCUGAUACUGGAUACAGGAAAGGUGCAGUACAGGACCCCCGCACACAACGGCCAGAAAAUCACCUCCAUGCAGGCAGACCCUGAGAACAGCUACCUACUCACAGCCGGUAUGCAGCACUCUAUUGGCUCUAUGAGAUGAUGAUGUUGGUGGUGAUGAUAAUGGUAAUAAUGAUGAUGAUGAUGGUGAUGGUGGGGAUGAUGGUGAUGGUGAUGAUGAUGAUGGUAGUGGUGGAGGUGAUGAUAAUGAUAAGGAUGAUGAUGACACGGGGGGCCAGUAUGAAAAUGUAUGCACUCACUAACUGUAAGUCGCUCUGGAUAAGAGUCUGCUAAAUGACUAAAAUGUCAAAUGAUGAUGGUGAUCAUCAUCCCUUUCUCUCCCUUUCAUCAGGCGAGGACAAGGCAGUGCUGGUCUGGAGGGUGUUUCCCUAUGCCCAGGAGUGUCUCAGCCUGCACUUAAACCUUUUCUGUGGGCAUCCUCCGCUCUACUUGGCCCUGCUGGGGCCUCUUCUGGCCCUAGCCUUCCAGGAUCCCGAUAGCGCCACCUAUAGCCUGGUGCACUUCAGCCUGCUCAACCAGAGUCGCACUGACCAUCCGCCCAGUGAGGACCAUCUGGACUGUAUUACGGGUGAGACAGAAUACACUGUGUUUUAGAUACUAUAGAUAUGGGACCGUAUGUAUGAAACGUCUCAGAGUAGGAGUGCUGAUCUAGGAUCAGGUCCACCUUGUCCAUGUAAUCUUAUUCAUUGUAAUCUAAAAGGCUAAACUGAUCCUAAAUCAGCACUCCUACUCUGACACAAUUAAUACAUAUGGCCCCUGAGACGCUCAACAAGUUAAUGUAGCUCAAACUAUACUGAACCAAAAUAUAAACGCAACAUGCAACAAUUUCAACUAUUUUACUGAGUUACAGUUCAUAUAAGGAAAUCAGUCAAUUGAAAUAAAUUCAUUAGGCCCUAAUCUAUGGAUUUCACAUGAAUUGGCAGGGGCGCAGCCAUGGUGGGCUUGGGAUGGCAUAGGCCCACCCACUUUGGGGCCAGGCCCACCCACUGGGGAGCCAGGCCCAGACAGUCAGAACAAGUUUUUCCCCACAAAAGGGCUUUAUUACAGACAGAAAUACUCCUCAGUUUCAUCAGCUGUCCGGGUGGCUGGUCUCAGACGAUCCCGCAGGUGAAGAAGCCGGAUGUGGAGGUCCUGGGCUGGCGUGGUUACACGUGGUCUGCGGUUGUGAGGCCGGUUGGACGUACUGUCGAAUUUUCUUAAACGACGUUGUGAUAGAGAAAUAAACAUUCAAUUCUCUGGCAAACAGCUCUGGUGGACAUUCCUGCAGUCAGCAUGCCAAUUGCACUCUCCCUCAAAACUUGAGAUAUCUGUGGCAUUGUGUUGUGUGCAAAACUGCACAUUUUAGAGUGGCCUUUUAUUGUCCCCAGCACAAGGUGCUCCUCUGUAAUGAUCAUGCCGUUUAAUAAGCUUCUUGAUAUACCACACCUGUCAGAUGGAUUGAUUAUUUUGGUAAGGGAGAAAUGCUCACUAACAGGGAUGUAAAUACAUUUGUGCACAGAAUUUGAGAGAAAUAAGCUUUUUGUGCAUAUGGAACAUUUCUGGGAUCUUUUAUUUCAGCUCAUGAAACAUGGCACCAACACUUUACAUUUACGUUUAUAUUUUUGUUCAGUACCAGUCAAAAGUUUGGACAUGUACUUAUUCAAGGGUUUUUCUUAAUUUUUACUAUUUUCUACAUAGUAGAAUAAAAGUGAAGACAUCAAAACUAUGAAAUAACACAUAUGGAAUCAUGUAGUAACCAAAAAAGUGUUAAAUCAAAAUAUAUUUUAGAUUUUAGAUUCUUCAAAGUAGCCACCCUUUGCCUUAAUGACAGCUUUGCACACUCUUGGCAUUCUCUCAACCAGCUUCACCUGGAAUGCUUUUCCAACAGUCUUGAAGGAGUUCCCACAUAUGCUGAGCGCUUGUUGGCUGCUUUUCCUUCACUCUGUGAUCCAACUCAUCCCAAACCAUCUCAAUUGGGUUGAGGUCGGGUGAUUGUGGAGGCCAGGUCAUCUGAUGCAGCAUUCCAUCACUCUCCUUCUUGGUCAAAUAGCCCUUACACAGCCUGGAGGUGUGUUGGGUCAUUGUCCUGUUGAAAAUCAAAUAAUAGUCCCGCUAAGCGCAAGUCAGAUGGGAUGGCGUAUCACUGCAGAAUGCUGUGGUAGCCAUGCUGGUUAAGUGUGCCUUGAACUCUAAAUAAAUCACAGACAGUGUCACCAGCAAAGCAUCAUCACACCUCCUCCUCCAUGCUUCACGGUGGGAACCACACAUGCAGAGAUCAUCCGUUCACCUACUCUGCGUCUCACAAAGACACGGCAGUUGGAACCAAAAAUCUCAAAUUUGGACUCAUCAGACCAAAGGACAUAUUUCCUACCUGUCUAAUGUUCAUUGCUGGUGUUUCUUGGCCCAAGCAAUCUCUUCUUAUUAUUGGUGUCCUUUAGUAGUGGUUUCUUUGCAGCAAUUCGACCAUGAAGGCCUGAUUCACGCAGUCUCCUCUGAACAGUUGAUGUUGAGAUGUGUCUGUUACUUGAACUCUGUGAAGCAUUUAUUUGGGCUGCAAUUUCUGAGGCUGGUAACUCUAAUGAACUUAUCCUCUGCAGCAGAGGUAACUAUGGGUCUUCCUUUCCUGUGGCGGUCCUCAUGAGAGCCAGUUUCAUCAUAUCGCUUGAUGGUUUUUCCGACUGCACUUGAAGAAACUUUCAAAGUUCUUGACAUUUUCCGGAUUGACUGACCUUCAGGUCUUAAAGUAAUGAUGGACUGUCGUUUCUCUUUGCUUAUUUGAGCUGUUCUUGACAUAAUAUGGACUUGGUCUUUUACCAAAUAGGGCUAUCUUCUGUAUACCACCCCUACCUUGUCACAACACAACUGAUUGGCUCAAAGGCAUUAAGAAGAAAAUAAAUUCCACAAAUUAACUUUUAAGAAGGCACACCUGUUAAUUGAAAUGCAUUCCAGGUGACUACCUCAUGAAGCUGGUUGAGAGAAUGCCAAGAGUGUGCAAAGCUGUCAUCAAGGCAAAGGGUGGCUACUUCGAAGAAUCUCAAAUAUAAAAUAUAUUUUGAUUUGUUUAAAACUUUUUUGGUUACUACAUGAUUCCAUAUGUGUUAUUUCAUAGUUUUGAUGUCUUCACUAUUAUUCUACAAUGUAGAAAAUAGUAAAAAUAAAGAAAAACCCUGGAAUGAGUAGGUGUGUCCAAACUUUUGACUGGUACUGUAUAUAGGUGAUCCUCGGACAAGGUUUUUUUCAUUGUCUUUGUGUGUUGGUGUUGGUGUGUGUGUGUGUGUGUGUGUGUGUGUGUGUGUGUGUGUGUGUGUGUGUGUGUGUGUGUGUGUGUGUGAGAGAGUGCAGGGCUCUGUGUGUGCCGUCAGCUCCGAGUGUUUGCCUCCAGCAGUAAGGAUGGAACCGUUCGCAUCUGGGAUGAAGAGAACCGCCUCCUCAGGUCAGUCAAUGUGUUUGUGUGUGUCCCUUAUGGAAAAAAACACAUGAAUUUCACAUGUGAACACGUGUGAUCACAUCUUAUGUGAAGUUAAUGUGAUAACGUGAAGAGUUCCAAAAACACAUUUUCACGUGAUUUCACAUGUGAUUUUCAUGUGGUUUUUCUGUAAGGGGUGUGUGUGUGUUAGUAAUUUCUGCAGUCUUUGUCCCUCUAAGAACCCUCCAGCUGAGUGCGGAGCCUGAGUGUCUGGCCUACAGUGGGGAGAGGGGAGAUCUGCUGCUAGGCAUCAGAGGGGACCUGUAUAGGAUUCGCUGCGCCCACCUGCUGCCACAUGACUUCCAGCUACGGGUAUACUGACUGGGGGGGAAGAGGUGGUGAAGUACUGGGGAGAGGUGGUGAGGACAGACUGGUGUUUUGUGGUGGUCCUAGUGUGGCUCAGUGGGUAGAGCAUGGUGCUUGCAAUGCCAGGGUCAUGGGUUCGAUUUCCGCAGGGGCCACCCGUAUGAAAAUCGAUGCACGCACUACUGUAAGUCGCGUUUGAUAAAAGCGUCUGCUAAAUGGCUUAUGUAUGGGUCUUGGAGGGUGAAUACGUGUUUAGGCAUUUUCAGAGAGAAAAUGUAGUUAGGUUUAGCUAAAUGUUUUUGAUUAAGUGUGCUUACUGUGUAAUGAUACCUUGCUGUGCUUAUGCUCUGUAUACAUCCAAAGCUCCUUUGUACUGAGAUGUCAAAUCCUAUCCCUGACUUGCCCAUAUCUCACACCCCAACAAGGACAAGCAAGACCAAGUAAGCUACCCUCCGUCUCUACAUAAUGUGACAUAAUGAACAUCAUAGACAAGUUAUAACUAUAUGUUUGUUACAGUAAAUGUGUAUAAACAGUAAAUCUAUAGAUUCCGUUCGCGCUGGUAAAUCUACAGAUUUACUGGGAAUCUGUAGAUCUCCCAGUAAAUGUGUAAAGAGAGACCUUUUGAGCAAUGGUAGGAUAUCAUGCCGAGUAGCUUGUGUGUGCACAGGGCGAAAGUGACAUUUUGGGCCAAAAUGUGUUAUCUAUAGAUUUACCGUUUUUAUUUACAUUUAUAUAAUAUUCAUGUUACAUUAACCGUAACCUAUACAUUAUAGAGUGUGUGACAUGCUUUUGUCUACCUUCAGGACUGUGGUCUCCCCCAUACCAGAGAAACAACCCAACGGAAAGCAGGACAUGACCAAAGAUCCAGUGAGUUUACCCAGAAUAUGAAAGAGAGAGAGAGCGCUUUGCAUGGAAAUGAGUGUAGAGGAGAGUGGGGUAAGUUGAGCCUUUUUUACAUUCAGCAUCACUUUUAUUCUCUGGUAUGGGGGAGACCACAGUCCUGAUGGUAGGCAAAAGCAUGUCACACACUCUAUAAUGUAUAGGUAAUGGUUAAUGUAACAUGAAUAUUAUAUAAAUGUAAAUAAAAACGGUAAAUCUAUAGAUAACACAUUUUGGCCCAAAAUGUCACUUUCGCCCUGUGUGCGGCUGCGUGCACACACAAGCUACUCGGCAUGAUAUCCUACCAUUGCUCAAAAGGUCUCUCUUUACACAUUUACUGGGAGAUCCACAGAUUACCAGUAAUUUUCACACCCUUUUUCGAUCUUGUCUCAUCGCUGCAACUCCCCAACGGGUUCUGGAGGCGAAGGUCGAGUCAUGCGUCCUCCGAAGCAUGACCCACCAAACCGCGCUUCUUAACAACCGCCCGCUUAACCCGGAAGCCAGCCGCAGUAAUGUGUCAGAGGAAACACCAUUCACCUGACGACCAAGGUCAGCCUGCAGGCGCCCGGCCCGCCACAGCCUGAUGAGCCAAGUAAAGCCCCCCCGGCCAAACACAGACGACUCUGGGCCAAUUGUACGCCGCCCUAUGGAACUCCCGAUCACGGCCAGUUGUGAUACAGCCCGGGAUCAAACCCGGGUCUGUAGUGACGCCUCUAGCACUGCGAUGCAGUGCCUUAGACCGCUGCGCCACUCGGGAGACUCAUAUUCAGCAUCACUAUAUCAAGAGAAAUAAAGUAUUCUUUCUAACAAAUAUACACUACAUGCGCAAAAGUAUGUGGACACCUGCUCAUCGAACAUCUCAUUCCAAAAUCAUGGGCAUUAAUAUAGAGUUGGUCCCCCUUUGCUGCUAUAACAUCAUAGAUCCAAGAUGGCGUAGUAGUGCAGUUGUGUUUUUAUCGUCUGUCUGUAAAUAGCCUGUAAAUACCCUAUUUUUCGUACAUAUUUCCCUAUCAGACUUUUCAUCCUUCUACAAGAUAUACUUUCCUGCAACCCGCCUCACUCAAUGUGGAACGGAUUCUAUUAUUGACUUACCUUUAUCUAGAAUCUAGAAUCUCCAGUUGAAACUAGCUAGCCAGCUAACUAGCUACUUGCUAUUUGCUAUUAGCCACAGCUAGCGGUGUUUCACCCAGAACAUUGGAUUUUUUUCUGCGGGAUUAAUUUUAAUCACUGGACAUUGAUCACCGGAUAUUCGGCCAGUCUGCACAGCGCGUUAUCGACCCAGAACAUAUCAGUUUUUCCGCCGGAAUCACUGAAUCACUGGACCUUUAACUCCGGAUUCAUCGCUACCAGCUAGCUACCACCAGCCAGCUACAACAAAACGGACGCUGUGGUCUGGCUAAUCAUCCUGAGCUAGGCCCAUCGCCCAUCUCCCGGCUAUCUACCUCUCUGUCAACCGGACGGGACCACCUAGUGUUGACACGGAGCCCCGCCGAUCCUACACGACUGGUCUGCCGACGAAAUCGUCUGAUGUGGUUACGACGUUAACCACGAAGAUUCCAUCCAUCUGCUAGCCCUGGCCCGCUAGCACACGCUAGCCGUGGCCUCUUACUAGUGCUUCACCACCGGACCUUAUGAUAACUCAGCUAUACAGCUGAUAUCUGCUGGACUGUUCCUUUUUACGGUACUACAUCCUGUUUAUGUUUAGCCUCAGCCCAAACAUGGUUAGUUUAUUGUUGUUUCGGUUAUUUCUAAUUGUACUAUAUCACUGUAGACCCCCCCAGCCUAGCUAAACCUGCCUUAGAUAGCUCCUUUGCCCCUCCCCCUAUACACGCGGAGACCGACUCAAUUGAUGCCUCCAGCGAUGCUAUCUCUUUCAUUGUUACCCAACGCUUAGGUUUACCUCCACUUUACUCAUAUCCUUCCAUAUCCUUGUCUGUACAUAAUGCCCUGAAUCUUUUCUAUAACACCCGGAAAUCUGCCCCCUUUAUUCUAUGUACCCAACGCACUAGAAGACCAGUUCUUAAAGCCUUUAGCCGUAUCCUUAUUCUAGUCCUCCUCUGUUCCUCUGGUGAUGUAGAGGCUAACCCAGGCCCUGCAGCCCUCAGUAUCACUCCUACUCCCCAGGCGCUAUCAUUUGAUGACUUCUGUAAUCGCAAAAGUCUUGGUUUCUUGCACAUAAAUAUCAGAAGUCUACUUCCUAAGUUUGAGUUAUUCACUGCGUUAGCACACUCUGCCAACCCUGAUGUUCUAGCAGUGUCUGAAUCCUGGCUCAGGAAGGCCACCAAAAAUUCUGAAAUUUCCAUCCCCAACUAUAACAUUUUCCGUCUAGAUAGAACUGCCAAAGGGGGUGGAGUUGCAAUCUACUGUAGAGAUAGCCUGCAGAGCUCUAUCAUACUAUCCAGGUCUGUGCCCAAACAGUUUGAGCUUCUACUUCUAAAAAUCCACCUUUCCAGAAAUAAGUCUCUCACUGUUGCCGCUUGCUACAGACCCCCCUCAGCCCCCAGCUGUGCCCUGGAUACCAUAUGUGAAUUGAUUGCCCCCCAUUUAUCCUCAGAGUUUGUACUGCUUGGUGACCUAAAUUGGGAUAUGCUUAAUACCCCAGCCAUCCUACAAUCCAAGCUAGAUGCCCUCAACCUCACGCAAAUUAUCAACGAACCUACCAGGUACAACCCUAAAUCCGUAAACAUGGGUACCCUCAUAGAUAUCAUCCUGACUAACAUACCCUCUAAAUACACCUCAGCUGUCUUCAACCAGGAUCUCAGCGAUCACUGCCUUAUUGCCUGCGUCCGUAACGGGUCCGCGGUCAAACGACCACCCCUCAUCACUGUCAAACGCUCCCUAAAACACUUUAGCGAGGAGGCCUUCCUAAUUGACCUGGCCCAGGUAUCCUGGAUGGAUAUAGAUCUCAUUCCGUCAGUAGAGGAUGCCUAGUUGUUCCUUAAAAGUAAUUUCCUCUCAAUCUUAAAUAAACAUGCCCCAUUCAAAAAAUACAGAACUAAGAACCGAUAUAGCCCCUGGUUCUCCUCAGACUUGACUGCCCUUGACCAGCACAAAAACAUCCUGUGGCGUACAGCAUUAGCAUCAAAUAGCCCCCGCGAUAUGCAACUUUUCAGGGAAGUUAGGAACCAAUAUACACAAGCAGUCAGGAAAGCAAAGGCUAACUUUUUCAAACAGAAAUUUGCAUCCUGUAGCACUAACUCCAAAAAGUUUUGGGACACUGUAAAGUCCAUGGAGAAUAAGAGCACUUCCUCCCAGCUGCCCACUGCACUGAGGCUAGGAAACACUAUCACCACCGAUAAAUCUACAAUAAUCGAGAAUUUCAACAAGCAUUUUGCUACAGCUGGCCAUGCUUUCCAUCUGGCUACCACUAACCCGGCCACCAACUCUGCACCCUCUGCUGCAACUUGCCCAUGCCCCCCCCCGCUUCUCCUUCACACAAAUUCAGACAGCUGAUGUUUUGAAAGCGCUGCAAAAUCUGGACCCCUACAAAUCAGCUGGGCUAGACAAUCUGGACCCUUUCUUUCUAAAACUAGCUGCCGAAAUUGUCGCUACCCCUAUUACUAGUCUGUUCAACCUCUCUUUCAUAACGUCUGAGAUCCCCAGAGAUUGGAAAGCUGCCGCGGUCAUCCCCCUCUUCAAAAGGGGUGACACUCUAGAUCCAAAUUGCUACAGACCUAUAUCCAUCCUGCCCUGCCUUUCGAAAGUAUUCGAAAGCCAAGUUAACAAACAGAUCAUCGACCAUUUCGAAUACCACCGUACCUUCUCCGCUAUGCAAUCCGGUUUCCGAGCUGGUCACGGGUGCACUUCAGCCACGCUCAAGGUCCUAAACGAUAUUAUAACCGCGAUUGAUAAUAGACAGUACUGUGCAGCCGUCUUCAUCGACCUGGCCAAGGCUUUCGACUCUGUCAACCACCGCAUUCUUAUUGGCAGACUAAAUAGCCUUGGUUUCUCAAAUGACUGCCUCGCCUGGUUCACCAACUACUUCUCAGAUAGAGUUCAGUGUGUCAAAUCGAAGGGCCUGUUGUCUGGACCUAUGGCAGUCUCUAUGGGGGUGCCACAGGGUUCAAUUCUUGGGCCGACACUUUUCUCCGUGUAUAUCAAUGAUGUCGCUCUUGCUGCUGGUGACUCUCAGAUCCACCUCUACGCAGACAACACCAUUUUGUAUACAUCUGGCCCUUCAUUGGACACUGUGUUAACAAACCUCCAAACGAGCUUCAAUGCCAUACAACAAUCCUUCAGUAGCCUCCAACUGCUCUUAAACACUAGUAAAACUAAAUGCAUCCUUUUCAAUCGAACGCUGCUGGCACCCGCCCACCCGACUAGAAUCACCACUCUCGACGGGUCUGACCUAGAGUAUGUGGACAACUACAAAUACCUAGGUGUCUGGUUAGACUGUAAACUCAACUUCCAGACUCACAUAAAGAAUCUCCAAUCCAAAGUUAAAUCUAGAAUCGGCUUCCUAUUUCGCAACAAAGCCUCCUUCACUCAUGCUGCCAAACAUGCCCUCGUAAAACUGACUAUCCUACCGAUCCUUGACUUCGGCGAUGUCAUUUACAAAAUAGCCUCCAACACUCUACUCAGCAAAUUGGAUGUAGUCUAUCACAGUGCCAUCCGUUUUGUCUCCAAAGCCCCAUACACUACCCACCACUGUGACCUGUACGCUCUUGUUGGCUGGUCCUCACUACAUGUUCGUCGUCAAACCCACUGGCUCCAGGCCAUCUAUAAAUCACUGCUAGGCAAAUCCCCGCCUUAUCUUAGCUCAUUGGUCACCAUAGCAGCACCCACCCGUAGUCUGCGCUCCAGCAGGUAUAUCUCACUGGUCAUUCCCAAAGCCAACACCUCCUUUGGCCGCCAUUCCUUCCAGUUCUCUGCUGCCAAUGACUGGAACGAAUUGCAAAAAUCUCUGAAGCUGGAGACUCUUAUCUCCCUCAAUAACUUUAAGCAUCAGUUGUCAGAGCACCUUACCGAUCACUGCACCUGUACACAGCCCAUCUGAAAUUAGCCCACCCAACUACCUCAUCCCUAUAUUGUUAUUUAUUUUGCUCUUUUGCACCCCAGUAUCUCUAUUUGCACAUAAUCUCUUGCACAUCUAGCAUUCCAGUGUUAAUACUAUUGUAAUUAUUCUGCACUAUAGCCUAUUUAUUGCCAUACCUCCAUAACUUGCUACAUUUGCACACACUGUAUAUAUAUUUUCUGUUGUAUUUCUGACUUUAUGUUUUUUACCCCAUAUGUAACUCUGUGUUGUUUUUUAUUGCACUACUUUGCUUGAUCUUGGCCAGGUCGCAGUUGUAAAUGAGAACCUGUUCUCAACUGGCUUACCUGGUUAAAUAAAGGUGAAAUAAAUAAAAAUAAAAAUAACAGCCUCCACUCUUAUGCGAAGGCUUUCCACUAGAUGUUGGAACAUUGCUGCGGGGACUUGCUUCCAUUCAGCCACAAGAGCAUUAGUGAGGUCGGGCACUGAUGUUGGGGCGAUUAGGCCUGGCUCGCAGUCGGCGUUCCAAUUCAUCCCAAAGGUGUUCGAUGGGGUUGAGGUCAGUGCUCUGUGCAGGCCAGUCAAGUUCUUCCACACUGAUCUCGACAAACCAUUUCUGUAUGGACCUCGCUUUGUGCACGGGGGCAUUGUAUGCUGAAACAGGAAAGGGCCUUCCCCCAAACUGUUGCCACAAAGUUGGAAGCACAGAAUCGUCUAGAAUUUAAUUGUAUGCUGUAGCAUUAAGAUUUCCCUUCACUGGAACUAAGGGGCUUAGCCCGAACCAUGAAAAACAGCCCCAGACCAUUAUUCCUCUUCCACCAAACUUUACAGUUGGCACUAUGCAUUGGGGCAGGUAGCGUUCUCCUGGCAUCCGCCAAACCCAGAUUUGUCCGUCGGACUUCCAGAUGGUGAAGCGUGAUUCAUCACUCCAGAGAACGCGUUUCCACUGCUCCAGAGUCCAAUGGCGGCAAGCUUUACACCACUCCAGCUGACGCUAGGCAUUGCGCAUGGUGAUCUUAGGCUUAAUCCACUAAUUUCAAGGUUGUCCACAUCUACAUAUAUAUCAGAAUGUUGUGUGUCCCUGAAAAUAAUCAGAAUUCAUGUAAACAAAACCGUUUUGAAAACAUAGCUUGUACAAAAAAAGUGGUCUCUUGGCACAACUUACCCCGGGUAUGGGGUAAGUUGAGCAUAGGGACUGGGUAAAUUAAGCCGCCUUGGGGUAAGUGGGUGAUGGUGCUGGUAGGUCAAAGUUUAAUUCAUGGAAUGGGGGUGUGGUAUAUUGUAUAUCUUAAAUGUAGGCUUACAUUCAGAUAUACAGUGGGGAGAACAAGUAUUUGAUACACUGCCGAUUCUGCAGGUUUUCCUACUUACAAAGCAUGUAGAGGUCUGUCAUUUUUAUCAUAGGUACACUUCAUCUGUGAGAGACGGAAUCUAAAACAAAAAUCCAGAAAAUCACAUUGUAUGAUUUUUAAGUAAUUAAUUUGCAUUUUAUUGCAUGACAUAAGUAUUUGAUACAUCAGAAAAGCAAACAAAGGUUUCUGGUACAGAAACCUUUGUUUGCAAUUACAGAGAUCAUACGUUUCCUGUAGGUCUUGACCAGGUUUGCACACACUGCAGCAGGGAUUUUGGCCCACUCCUCCAUACCUUCUCCAGAUCCUUCAGGUAUCGGGGCUGUCGCUGGGCAAUACGGACUUUCAGCUCCCUCCAAAGAUUUUAUAUUGGGUUCAGGUCUGGAGACUGGCUAGGCCACCAGGACCUUGAGAUACUUCUUAUGGAGCCACUCCUUAGUUGCCCUGGCUGUGUGUUUCGGGUCGUUGUCAUGCUGGAAGACCCAGCCACGACCCAUCUUCAAUGUUCUUACUGAGGGAAGGAGGUUGUUGGCCAAGAUCUCGCGAUACAUGGCCCAUCCAUCCUCCCCUCAAUACGGUGCAGUCGUCCUGUCCCCUUUGCAGAAAAUCAUCCCCAAAUAAUGAUGUUUCCACCUCCAUGCUUCACGGUUGGGAUGGUGUUCUUGGGGUUGUACUCAUAAUAAAUUAUAAAUUGGUCAUUUAGCAGACGCUCUUAUCCAGAGCGACUUACAGGAGCAAUUAGGGUUAAGUGCCUUGCUCAAGGGCACAUCGACAGGUUUUUCACCUAGUCGGCUCGGUGAUUAGAACCAGCCACCUUUCGGUUACUGGCACAACGCUCUUAACCACUAAGCUACCUGCCUCAUCCUUCUUCUUCCUCCAAACACGGCGAGUGGAGUUUAGACCAAAAAGCUCUAUUUUUGUCUCAUCAGACCACAUGACCUUCUCCCAUUCCUCCUCUGGAUCAUCCAGAUGGUCAUUGGCAAACUUCAGACGGGCCUGGACAUGCGCUGGCUUGAGCAGGGGGACCUUCGUGCGCUGCAGGAUUUUAAUCCAUGACGGCGUAGUGUGUUACUAAUGGUCUCUCUUCAGGUCAUUGACCAGGUCCUGCCGUGUAGUUCUGGGCUGAUCCCUCACCUUCCUCAUGAUCAUUGAUGCCCCACGAGGUGAGAUCUUGCAUGGAGCCCCAGACCGAGGGUGAUUGACCGUCAUCUUGAACUUCUUCCAUUUUCUAAUAAUUGCGCCAACAGUUGUUGCCUUCUCACCAAGCUGCUUGCCUAUUGUCCUGUAGCCCAUCCCAGCCUUGUGCAGGUCUACAAUUGUAUCCCUGAUGUCCUUACACAGCUCUCUGGUCUUGGCCAUUGUGUAGAGGUUAGAGUCUGUUUGAUUGAGUGUGUGGACAGGUGUCUUUUAUACAGGUAACGAGUUCAAACAGGUGCAGUUAAUACAGGUAAUGAGUGGAGAACAGGAGGGUUUCUUAAAGAAAAACGAACAGGUCUGUGAGAGCCGGGAUUCUUAUUGGUUGGUAGGUGAUCAAAUACUUAUGUCAUGCAAUAAAAUGCAAAUUAAUUACUUAAAAAUCAUAGAAUGUGAUUUUCUGGAUUUUUUUAGAUUCCGUCUCUCACAGUUGAAGUGUACCUAUGAUAAAAAUUACAGACCUCUACAUGCUUUGUAAGUAGGAAAACCUGCAAAAUCGGCAGUGUAUCAAAUACUUGUUGUCCCCACUUUAGAUCUCUGUGUUCAAUAUUACUUACGCUUCCAUUUCUUGACCAGUUGUCUGGGACAGGGAUGUUGUUUUGAUGUGCCAAUUCGUAGGCAAGUUCUCUGCAUUUGAGGCUACUAAACCCAUGAAAGUGGUCAGCGAAAUUCUUGAUAUGUUUAGCAAGCCCAGACUCCAUGUAAAUAAACGCAUAUUCGUCUCCUUUUCAGCACCAAUUGGUAGAUUUUUAAAUACUCUGAUCUUGAAUAUUAUUUAGAGUUAGGAAAGUAUUUAUGAAUAAUAAAAAAACAGGUUUGGAGAGCCUUUACCCACAAAAUAUAUUGAUGAAUCUUGAAAGUUGCCAUAUUAAAUUGUUCAAUCCAUGAAAUAUUCGAAGGUGAGAAAAGUGUACAAUAGGGGUUGAAAAGUAGUCCUAUAAAUCGACCCUAAUAAUCCUCACUAAUCAUGGAACUGUGAUGACAAUGGUCCAAUCGUCGUGAACCGUGCGCCAACUCCAGGUUUAAACUGCUACCUACAGUACGUAUGGUCUGCCUUCCAUAAUGAUUGAAAUAGGCUACAUGUCCCAAAUUAUUGCACAACUUAUAAUGCGUUAGGCUAAUAUGAUCCACUAUUGCUAGUGAUCCUCAGGAACAACCACACGAACGUGACAGCGGAAAGAAAGGUAAACUAACGAUGUAAUGGAAUGAUGCCAAAUGUAAGGAAACUGACACUAAAGUCAGUGACAGUUAUAAAUGUAUGUGAGUAUAACUGACGGUGGCUACCGAUAGUGGCUAAUAUUUAACACGAUACAAAUUGUUUAAAAAAAUACAGUGAAAAGUCUGGGCAUAUAAUUAAAACAUUCUAGAAAUCAUAAAUCAACUCUGUAGGUUUGGCGCAGUAUUGUCAUUUUCACAUGGCUACAGAAGCCUAUAGUUUGCGUCUCCAAAUUUCAUCCGAAGUUAUAAGGCCAGCAUUUCAGAAACUUCACUGUGGAAAAGGAGAUAUGUUGAUAUGAUUCAGUUUGCUGCCAUAUGACUGGUUUCACAUUUGUCUCCAGAGAUCAUAAGGUAAAAUAGAUCUAAAACAAUUGUAAUUUAUAUUUACAAUCCCCUUAUCCAAAUGGCUUACUCAUUUACCUAGCUCUUAUCAAUAGCUCUUAUCAAUUUAUAAAUAACAGUGCAUGGAGAAUGGUGUUAUUUCUAUCGGGAAAAAAAUAAGUAGAUGUUGUCCCACUUGGAACCGACAGGUUAGUACACCUUAUUCAUAAUUUAAUCGCCCGUAAAGGUGGUGGAAUUAUGAGGGAAUUAAGUCAAGGUCAGAAUACGGUGUAUAAAUAAUAAAUAAUUAGUCAUUUAGCAGACGCUCUUAUCCAGAGUGACUUACAGGAGCAAUUAGGGUUAAGUGCCUUGCUCAAGGGCACCGACAGAUUUUUCACCUAAUCAGCUCGGGGAUUAGAACCAGCGACCUUUCGGUUACUGGCACAACGCUCUUACCCACUAAGCUACCUGCCGCCCUUGGCGGAGGUGUAUCUGUAGACACACCUCCGCCACACCUUCAUUUCUUUGAUUUUCACCCCCAACGAAUAGCGGGUGAAUAGCAUGCUAUUCUCAUGCUUAAGUUAAAGGUCAGACUCUUACUCAGUACUUUGUUGAAGCACCUUUGGCAGCGAUUACAGCCUCGAUUAUUCUUGGGUAAGACGCUACAAGCUUGGCACACCUGUAUUUGGGAAGUUUCUCCUAUUCUUCUCUGCAGAUCCUCUCAAGCUCUGUCAGGUUGGAUGGGGAGCGUCGCUGCACAGCUAUUUUUAGGUCUCUCCAGAGAUGUUCGAUCGGGUUCAAGUCCGGGCUCUGGCUGGGCCACUCAAGGACAUUCAGAGACUUGUCCCGAAGCCACUCCUGCAUUGUCUUGGCUGUGUGCUUAGGGUCAUUGUCCUGUUGGAAGGUGAACCUUCGCCCCAGUCUGAGGUCCUGAGCGCUCUGGAGCAGGUUUUCAUCAAGGAUCUCUCUGUACUUAGCUCCGUUCGUCUUUCCCUCGAUCCUGACUAGUCUCCCAGUCCCUUCCGCUGAAAAACAUCCCCACAGCAUGAUGCUGCCACCACCAUGCUUCACAGUAGGGAUGGUGGCAGGUUUCCUCCAGACGUGACGCUUGGCAUUCAGGCCAAAGAGUUCAAUAUUGGUUUCAUCAGACCAGAGAAUAUUGUUUCUCAUGGUCUGAGAGCCUUUAAGGUGCCUUUUGGCAAACUCCAAGCGGGCUGUCAUGUGCCUUUUACUGAGGAGUGGCAUCGGUCUGGCCACUCUACCAUAAAGGCCUGAUUGGUGGAGUGCUGCAGAGAUGGUUGUCCUUCUGGGAGGUUCUCCCAUCUCCACAGAGGAACUCUGGAGCUCUGUCAGAGUGACCAUCGGGUUCUUGGUCACCACCCUGACCAAGGCCCUUCUCCCCCGAAUGCUCAGUUUGGCCUGGCGGCCAGCUCUAGGAAGAGUCUUGGUGGUUCCAAACUUCUUCCAUUUAAGAAUGAUGGAGGCCACUGUGUUCUUGGGGACCUUCAAUGCUGCAGAAAUGUUUUGGUACCCGUCCUUAGAUCGGUGCCUGACACAAUCCUGUCUCAGAGCACUACGGACAAUUCCUUCGACCGCAUGGCUUGGUUUUUGCUUUGACAUGCACUGUCAACUGUGGGACCUUAUAUAGACAGGUGUGUGCCUUUCCAAAUCAUGUCCAAUCAAUUGAAUUGACCACAGGUGGACUCCAAUCAAGUUGUAGAAACAUCUCAAGGAUGAUCAAUGGAAACAGGAUGCACCUGAGCUCAAUUUCGAGUCGCAUAGCAAAUGGUCUGAAUACUUAUGUAAAAAAGGUAUUUCUGUUUUUUAUUUUCUAUAAAUUAGCAAACAUUUCUAAAAACCUGUUUUUCGCUUUGUCAUUAUGGGGUAUUGUGUGUAGAUUGAUGAGGUAAAACAUUUUUUUAUUCAUUUUUGAAUAAGGCUGUAACGUAACAAAAUGUGGAAAACUUUCAGAAUGCACUGUAUAUUAGCCCAUACAGCUACAAGGAUGCACUUUCAUGCUAGGUUUAGGACCUCAUAUUGUAGCUUAUAGAGACCCCAACUGAUGUAUAAAACAAUCUUAAAACGAUCUACUUUGGUUUAGAUACAAGCGUCAUGAAACCUAUAUCACAAUAAAUGCAUUUGACUUUGUGAAAACGUUUUUGGGACGUAACUUGCUUACCACUUUUUCCAUGUAGUUUCUUUCUUCACAGACUCCAUGAAAUGAUGACCCCUUCCUAAAUAUUUGGUCACAUUAAUUUUGUGCAUGGUUUCCUAGAAACAAGGUGUGGCUCAACUAACCCUUUGGCUCAACGUACCCCACUCUCCACUAUUAUUUUUUAGAUUUGAUCCGUUUGUUUGAUAUAUUUGUGUGUUCCCAUACCUAAUGUACCAGUGGUGUAAUGACAGUUUCUCCUCCCUGUUCCUGUCCAUCAGGAGUAUGAGGCGCUGCUGGCUCGGAACAGAGACCUGGCCUCCCUCCAGGAAGGCACCACAGAGAGAAGGAAGAGGAAACCUCCCACCAUGCUGAAAACCAGGAAGGAGGCCUUCGACCACUAUAUGAGGAUCAUCUACAGCCAGCCCCUCAACAUUAAGGUUCCUUAAACUGAGAACAAUUAGCUACAAGAUGAUUGGGGUAGGAAUGUACUCUGUGUCACGACCGUCUAUAAAGGGAGCAGACCAAUACGCAGCGCGUUGAGUGAACAUGAUGACUUUAAUUGAUAAAGCACGUAACUACAAAACAAAAGACGAUAGUGAAGUCCAACAGUGACAAAUACUGAACCUGGAACAAAAACCCACCCCCUCAUGAGAACACAAAUAGUUUAAAUAUGGCUCCCAAUCAGAGAUAACGAGCCGACAGCUGACACUCGUUACCUCCGAUUGGGAGUCACACGACACCACAAUUAACUCACCCAAAACACAACCAACCGAAUACACCCUAUACAACAAACCCCACAACAAAACCCAACAAAACAAAUACACCCUGGCUCAAAUACAAAAGUCCCGGAGCCAGAGUGUCACAGUACCCCCCCCUAAAGGUGCGCACUCCGGGCGCACCAGCAUACAGUCUAGGGGAGGGUCUGGGUGGGCGUCUGUCCACGGUGGCGGUUCUGGCCCUGGUCGUGGUCCCCACCCCACCUUAGUCACCACCCGCUUCCCUAGCCUCCUCCACAUGACCACCCUCCAACUUACCCCACCUGGAUUUAGGGGCAGCACCGGGCUAAGGGACAGCACCUGGCUAAGGGGCAGCACCGGACUAAGAGGCAGCACCAGGAUAAGGGGCAGCACCGGGCUAAGGGACAGCAUCGGGCUAAGGGACAGCCCCGGACUCAAUGGCGGAUCCUGGCUGGCUGGCUCUGGCGGAUCCUGGCUGGACGGCUCUGGCGGAUCCUGGCUGGACGGCUCAUGGCUGGCUGACGGAUCUGGCUGCUCAUGGCUGGCUGACGGAUCUGGCUGCUCAUGGCUGGCUGACGGAUCUGGCUGCUCAUGGCUGGCGGAAGGCUCUGGCUGAUCCUGUCUGGCGGAAGGCUCUGGCUGAUCCUGUCUGGCGGAAGGCUCUGGCUGAUCCUGUCUGGCGGAAGGCUCUGGCUGAUCCUGUCUGGCGGAAGGCUCUGGCUGAUCCUGUCUGGUGGAAGGCUCUGGCUGAUCCUGUCUGGCGGAAGGCUCUAGCGGCUCCGGUCUGGCGGACGGCUCUGAAGGGUCAUGGCAGACGGGCGGCUUAUGCAGCGCUUGGCAGACGGACAGUUCAGACGGCGUUGGGCAGACAGGCAGUUCAGGCGCCGUUGGGCAGACGGGCAGUUCAAUCGCCGUUGGGCAGACGGGCAGUUCAGGGCCCCGUUGGGCAGACGGCAGACUCUGGCCCCGUUGGGCAGACGGCAGAACUCUGGCCGUCUGAGGCGCACUAUAGGCCUGGGGCGUGGUGCCGGAACUGGGGGUCCCGGGCUGAGGACACGCAUCUCAGGGCUAUGCGGGGGAAGGAACAGGGCCGGGACCGGGCUGGCGACGCGCCCGUAGUUUUUGGGGCGGUGGCAUGAACAGGCCGGGUCGGGCUGGCGACGCGCACCGUAACUUUGGUUUUCGGGUGGCAGGAACAGGCCGGGUCGGGCUGGGGACGCACACCGUAGGGUUAUUUCGUGAAGCAGAAAGGCCGGGCUGGGCUGGCGACGCACACCGUAGGUUCUGUGCGUGGAGCAGGAACAGGCCCGGGCGGGGGUGGCGACGCACACCGUAGGUUCUGUGCGUGGAGCAGGAAAAGCCGGCUGGGCUGGCGACGCACAACCGUAGGUUCUGUGCGUGGAGCAGGAACAGGCCGGGCAGGGCUGGCGACGCACACCGUAGGUUCUGUGCGUGGAGCAGGAACAGGCCGGGCUGGGCUGGCGACGCACACCGUAGGUUCUGUGCGUGGAGCAGGAACAGGCCGGGCUGGGCUGGCGACGCACACCGUAGGUUCUGUGCGUGGAGCAGGAACAGGCCGGGCUGGGCUGGCGACGCACACCGUAGGUUCUGUGCGUGGAGCAGGAACAGGCCGGGCUGGGCUGGCGACGCACACCGUAGGUUCUGUGCGUGGAGCAGGAACAGGCCGGGCAGGGCUGGCGACGCACACCGUAGGUUCUGUGCGUGGAGCAGGAACAGGCCGGGCUGGGCUGGCGACGCACACCGUGGGCUUGGUGCGUGGAGUAGGAACAGCCCGGUCCGUACUGGGAACACACACCACUGGCCUUAACUGAGGAUCAGGAACGGGCCGGACCGGACUGGUAACACACAUCAGUCUCUCACGCCGUGCCGCAACAACUUCCCUUCCUCUACUCGCCAAUGGCUCCCGUAAUCCGAUAGCCUUCUCUCCACGUCUCCCUGUGGCAGCCUCCUGCUGCCCAGCCGCCCAAGCCAUGUGCCCCCCCCAAAAAACUUUUUGGGGUUGCCUCUCGUCCCUCCGACGAUGGCCCUGCCGACGCCGUUGCUCCUCUCUCCGUCGCCUCUCCACUGUCUCGCUCCAUGGACGGCGAUCCAUCCCCUCCAGGAUUUCCUCCCAAGUCCAGGACCCCUUUCCGUCCAAAAUCUCCUCCCAUGUCCAUGAAUCCUUUGGAGCUGGGUCCUGUUGCCGCUUGACACGCUGCUUGGUCCUCUUAUGGUGGGUUUUUCUGUCACGACCGUCUAUAAAGGGAGCAGACCAAUACGCAGCGCGUUGAGUGAACAUGAUGACUUUAAUUGAUAAAGCACGUAACUACAAAACAAAAGACGAUAGUGAAGUCCAACAGUGACAAAUACUGAACCUGGAACAAAAACCCACCCCCUCAUGAGAACACAAAUAGUUUAAAUAUGGCUCCCAAUCAGAGAUAACGAGCCGACAGCUGACACUCGUUACCUCCGAUUGGGAGUCACACGACACCACAAUUAACUCACCCAAAACACAACCAACCGAAUACACCCUAUACAACAAACCCCACAACAAAACCCAACAAAACAAAUACACCCUGGCUCAAAUACAAAAGUCCCGGAGCCAGAGUGUCACACUCUGCCAAGUGGAGUCAGAGUGAUGAUAAAAGCUGUAUGUGCCCAUUUUUUUGAAUGUAGAGAGAAGAACCCAUAGCCUCACCUAUAAUGUAAUGUUUUAUGUGAAAGGACAAAUGUCUUUACUUGAGAGUGGGAAUGCAUUGUGGAUAUGCAGACUAAUGAACGUUUGUUCUGAUUAUAUCUCAGAUCGGGGAUGAGGACAUAUUUGAUCUUCAUGCAGUUCUGUUUCCUCCAAAACUACCUGACCGUCGACCAUUCACCCCACCCACCUUCAGGAAGGGCUUCUUCCCAAACCCCAACUUGGCCAAGCCCCUGCCACCCAUAACCAAGCCAGCGCAGGUGAGGGCCACUGGUUCAGUUUAGCAUAUAUGUCUGUUGUCCUCUACUUCCUGAAGCUAAGUAAUAGAUAGAUUGAGACAAAGUAACCACACCUCCCUUAGUCCUCUGUCUGUCCCCUUGCAGGAUGAGGAGCUAGAGCCAGCCCCAGCGCAGAGCAAUCCGGUGGGCUUCAUCCCUAACUCAGUGCUAGUGGGCCAACUGUGGCCAGACGUUGUGGUGGAAAACACAAUCCCCAAGCAACCAUUCAAACUGAGGGACGAGCUGGACUAUGAGGAGGAGGUGAGAGGAUGUUUACAGAGACCAGAUUCAGCAUCGGUUUUGCCUUCUAGAUCACAAUGUAUAAGAUUACAUGGACAUGUGGAGCUGAUCCUAGAUCAGCACUCCUACUCUGAGAUGCUUGAUACAUAUGGCCCCAGAAGAGGAGAAUCUGUGUAUGUUAUGUGAUAAGAUUGAGAGAAUCUCAAACAGGUUGUUGGUUUGGUUUUCUUCACAGAGUGAUACUGAAGAGGUUCAGUUGCUGGUGUAUGAGAGCGAUUACGAACUGGACAUAGGUUCCCCCAUACAGCUGGUGAAGACCCCUCCGAAAGAGGAGAGCCCCCCACCUCCAGAGAAGCCAGCCUACGUAAUGAGGGUGAGUGGUUUAUUAGCAACGCACAUGCCCCUCCCACCUUUGGAUCUCUUCUUUUCAGCCAUCCAUUUCCUGUGUUUGAAGGGUGCAGAAUCCACUUAUCGCUGAAAUCCCGCUGGAUUGAUGGCUUUAAUUUUACUCUUGCGACUCUUUCCCACUCUUGCCUGCGGCAUUUGUUUUUUCCCGUUCACGUAGCGACCGCGGAAACGUUUGUAAUGACCUGUCAAACACACUCCCAUAAUGGCUGAAAUGGGAUCAAUGGAAUACAUUGGCUUUCCGUGGCAUCUAUAAGAACUCUAACGCUUCGUUAGGGAUUUAGUGCACUGUCUCGACACUUACAUCACAAGAAAGAGAAGAAGGAUAACUUUAUUUUGGUGAGUGUUCAUUUUUUGUGCAAUUGAAGAAGUAAUGAUUUCGUACAGUUGAAAUGUUUACAAAUAUGAUGCGCUGAAAUGAAAGCAACUUCCAAAAAUGACCACUGAUUAUGGUGAUACUAUGUCUGAUCUCACAACAAUGUAAAGUAUGUUUAGAUAGAUGUCAACUAGAGCCAAGCGUUUUGAAAAGGAGAGCAAGUUUUUUAAAUUGUGUGGGUAUCCUUCUCUUGACACACUUGUUGAAUUAUGCAAGAGAACAUGACAACAGUAUUAAUGAGGAAGUCUAGAAAGUGCAGGUGAGCACAGGUAGGCCUAGACAGAGCAAGUUUUUGGUGGUGGCAGCCCUGUUCCACCCCUUUCUAUACAUUUAUUCAUGAAUGCAAAAUACACCUAGUGUAUAUAUGCAAAUCAGGCACAUACAAUUUUCUUUAUUUGAUCACAAAGUAAUAAAACAAUACCAGAUAUACAAAGAAAAUGUAUAUACUGCAUGAGUGCAUUAUAAGAAAAUAAAUAACAUUUGUACAAUAAAUUGAAUACCUGAAUUCCCACCAAAAUGCCUGAACUCCAUUAUUUGUCUGUGCAAGUACAAUGUUUUAUGUGCUAUAAUUCAGUCAAUAUGUAAUGGUUUUUUUAAAUUCUAAAAGUUUAGAGUAUCUUCAUUCAACUGUUGCACUUAUUAGAAUUGUUUUUUAAAAACAAUUUAGAUGACCGUUGCUAGUGGUGUAUGGUUAUAUGGCAGUGGUGCCCGGAAAUAUCGGAGGACGGCUCAUUGUAAUGUGUCACGAUCGUCAUACACAGUGGACCAAUGCGCAGCGUGAUUUGCGAACAUACUUAUUUAUUUCCACACGGAACAAAACAACAAAACGAUACGUGAAGUCCUAGGUAACAGACACAAAACCAACACGGAACAAGAUCCCACAAUACAAAAGUGCCAACUGGCUGCCUAAGUAUGGUUCCCAAUCAGAGACAACGAGAAUCAGCUGCCUCUGAUUGGGAACCACCCUGGCCAACAUGGAAAUACAACGAUCUAGAACAGAAACCUAGAAAACUACAACAUAGAAACUAACACCCUGGCUCAACAUAAGAGUCCCCAGAGCCAGGGCGUGACAUAAUGGCUGGAAUGGAAUAUGGGAUGGUACCAAACACAUGAAAACUGUGUGUUUGAUACUUUCCAUUCAUUCGAUUCCAUUCCAGCCAUCAUUAUGAGCCUGUCCUCCCUUCACCAGCCGCCUCUGGUAUGGGGGCUGUAUGAAGGGUAGCUGUCUUGUGUUCGUUGCCCGUAUCCACAAAGAGUCUCAAAGUAGGAGUGCUGAUCUAGGAUCUUUCCUUAUAAUGUUAUUUAUUAUGAUCUAAAAGACAAAACUGAUCCUAGAUCAGCACUCCUACUCUGAGAGGCUUUGUGCAUACAGGCCCAGGUCUGAUGAAUGUUAUGUGUUCCCCUUCUAGCCUCCAAAGGCUGUCCCUCCCACUAAGAUACCCAAACCGCCGAUCCCACCUCCCCCUAGAACCCCAACACCUCCCCGCACACCCACCCCCGAGAUCCCAGGAUUCCUUAAACAGUUUGUGGAGGAGGACUGGUUCAAGGAUAUCUACCCAGACCAAAGGGUGAGUCUUAUAACUGAAGCAAGCACACCAUUUUUCAUCCCAAAAAUUACCCUUAGUUCUAACUCAUUAUUCUACUGGGGAAGAUUCCUUAGAAACCCUGUAAUUCAGUGGUAUUCAAAGUCAGGGUCGCGCUGUGGAACUGGGACAAUAUACAAACGUUUUUGAGAAAGAUAAUGAAAAUACAAUUUUAUUGAGUAAAUGUAUUAAUUGGUUUCUUUUCAUUUUGAUAAGAGAUGAAAAUGUAAUGAAUUGAAGGUUAUUUGUUGAUGUAAAAAUCGAAAUGUACCGAUUUUAAGGUUGUGUCAUUAUUUGGGGAGGUGAAUACCACUGCUGUAAUUUAUCAGCUGCUCCUAUAGGUUUUUGUUGUCUGUAUUUUCUCUUUCAACAGGAAGUUUGCAUCCCAAAUGGCACCCUAUUCCCUAUUUAGUGCACUAUUUUCGAUUAUGAGAGCCCCCAUUGAGCUCUGGUCAAAAGUAUUGCACUAUAUAGAGAAUAGGGUGCCAUUUGGGACUAGGGCAAUGAGACUAAUGUUUUGGUGGUGUUCCUGUGUUUGUGAAGCGUAUCCGGCAGUCCCUGUGCCCUGAGGAGUUCUCCAUGCAGAUGCUGGACUACAUGCAGAGUUGUGGCGUCCAACAAAAGAUGAGGAUCCUGAGCGCGCUGCUCACUCUACGCAGACAGGGGGAGCUAGGUAACACAGACAAGCUCAGAAAGGGGCUUAUGGGUUCUCUACGCAACAACACCUCAUCAGAUAUGGUAUGUCCUCUCUUGUGGAAUUUGGUAUGCUUUGUAAUGUUGAAUCUGGGUUUAUUUCGCCAUUGUGAAUUUGGAUUUUAAACUGUCUUUGGGUUUGUGUGUAUGUGUGUGUUUCAGUCCGAUGAGGAGCAGCGAGUGGUGAGUGAAAUACUCAACGUGUUGGUGUGUCUGGGUCCCGAAAGCCAUGAGAUCAUUGUGGAGCUCCUCAAUCUACUGGCUCACAAAGAACUGGGGCUACAGUGAGUCUAUGCCGCACCAGUCUUUGUCUAUACACACUUUCAUUAAGGUCACCAUAGUAAGUCCUCAACUCUGCUUCCCUGUAAUGGUGAAUGCUGAGCUCUGAUUCAUCUGGCUGUGAUAGUGAGUGCCCUUGUCAAACGUAGUGCAAUAUAUAGGGAAUAGGGUGCCAUUUGGGUGGCAACCAGUGAAUGGUGACCUCUGUGUGUCUGGUCCUCCUGUUGGCAGGAAAACAGUGAUGUGCCUGCUGCAGGUGAUGGGCGUGGAGGAUGCUGACCCGUGGCUGGCCAUGGAGAUGGAUCCCUGGGACUCCAUG